CGACUGGAGUACUUCCUCAUCAUAAUUUCGUUUUUCUUACGUUAAGAUACUGUUUAUCGUUGGGAUUAUUUUAGAAAUUAAUGUCUUUCGUUCGAUUAAAAACAGUAUAUUUCGUAAGAUUCAUUAAAUUGUGUUCACUGUAAGGAAACUUGUACAGUAUUAGAGGCGUGUCUAUUCACCGGAAGGAAUGGCAGCAAACAGCAGGAUUAUUCCAGAAAAACGAAUGCAUUGGCUGUCACGAAGUACCAUUAAUGCUGACUCUUCCAACAUCUCUACCAUAUCCGAGGACUCAGGUCGUGGAUUGUCAGGCAGAUUCGAUAUUAGGCAACGGAUAGCACACCUCUAUCGUAAGCAACUAUACACGGAUGUGAUGUUUGUCAUUCAAUGUGCCAUUGAACCUAAGCCUAUCUUUUAUGCGCAUAAAGCUAUACUUGCGGCAGGAAGCAAACACUUCGCAGAGAUGCUCUUUGGAAGUGAAGACAAGCUUCCCAAAACCACGGAGCCAGUAAAAAAAUUACAAAUAAAUAACAUAUCUCCUGAAGCUUUUAGGAAUGUUAUUGAGUUUCUGUACACAGACGACAUGUAUUUCGAUAAUGAACCUUUAGUUAUCGAAACUCUUUUAGCAGCUAAAAAAUUCGAAAUUCAACCAUUAAUUGACCGGUGUGAAUCUCAUUUAGAAGAAAUAGAACUGUCUAAGUCCACUGUCUGUUCCCUUCUUCAAAUAGCCACUGAGCGCAAAAUUGAUACACUAAAAAACCGCUGCCUGAGCUUCAUUCAAGAAAAUACUGGUGAUGUUAUCAAGUAAAUCAUUAACUUUUUAAUCUGUUUGAUGAAUGUAUUGAUAUACUUAGUUAUAAAUUUCUCACGAAUUUAAAUGCAAUAUAAAGAGGUUUAUGUCUGUU